AUGGGUGAAUUAGACUCGAGCCUACGUCAACUAAACUGGCUCAUCGCAAAAGGAGGAGAAGGUAUCAAUGAGCCGAUUCCUGCCAAACCAGCCGCCAAAAACUCACCACGGGUCCGUGACGAUGACAAGCCUCCGUUCUCGUAUACGCAACUUAUCCGAAUGGCCAUUGAGAACUCACCGGGUCAAAGGUGCUCAUUGAGUGGGAUAUACUCUUAUAUAGCAGAUAAUUUCAAGUACUUCAGAGAAAAUCGAAAUCCAAGCUGGAAGAACUCGGUGCGACAUAAUUUAUCAUUGAACAAGCAGUUUCGACGAUUGGAUAGAAAAGAAGGCGAGAAAGGUUCAUUAUGGGUUUGCGUCGAUGCACCUGAGAAACGACCACGUUCACUGGAAGGUUCACCUCCUAGAAUAAAUCCUGCAAUAGAGCGACUGUAUAUGGAAGGCCGGCUAGCUGACAUAGCAAUAGUUCCAUCGAGCAAACCUGUAGCCAGUAAAUCUGUUAAUGAAUCGCAGUGUGGGCUGGAAAAUAAUAACAAGCAAGAACGUAUAUCUAUGACUGAAGAUGCGCAUCUGGAGGCUGACGAAGACUUGUCGGAAUUGUCGUUGUUUGCCUCGCAAGAUCUUUCAGCCUCUUUUAAAGCAGUUUAUGAUCAGAUAUUCCAGAAUGAUGGGGGAUGUGAUAGGAACAGAACCGAGGAACAAAUAGACUGGCUGAAGAUUGGCAUGGAAACUGCUGGGAUAGAUUACACUAGUGAAGAAGACAUACGUAAUAUGGAUACGGACAAAUUUAAUGACUACAUGACCACUAUGUUCCCCUACUGCACGUCAUUUCGUGCACAUGAUGUAAACCACGGGUAUCAGACAAUGGCUACACUAAAUCCCGAGCUGGAAGAAGAGUCUGAGGACGAAUUUGAUUGGAGUACCAUUACAUGA